AUGGGUCGCAUGUACGGUAAGGGAAAAGGUAUAUCAAGCUCAACCAUUCCAUAUAAAAGGAAACAACCAAGUUGGUUGAAACAGAAGCCGUCAGAAAUUGAAGACGCGAUAAUUAAAUUAGCAAAGAAAGGACAAACUCCAUCUCAAAUUGGUGCAACUUUAAGAGAUAAUUAUGGAAUACCUCAAGUGAAAGCUGUUACAGGAAAUAAAAUCCUUAGAAUAUUAAGAGCCCAUGGUGUUGCCACAACGAUUCCUGAAGAUUUAUAUUUUUUAAUUAAAAAGGCUGUGUCCAUGAGAAAGCACCUUGAAAAAAAUAAAAAGGAUAAGGAUUGCAAAUUCCGAUUAAUUUUAACCGAAUCGAAAAUUCAUAGAAUCUCGAGAUACUAUAAAAGAAAAAAGUUGUUACCAUCUAACUGGAAAUAUCAGUCCAGCACAGCUAGUGCACUGAUUGCAUAG